AUGCCUCCCUGGAUCAAUCGACUUUUCCCCGAUUAUCAGCUCUGGCUUCUCCUAGUUGCUUAUUUGAAUCUGUACACAGCUUUACCUUCUAUUUUGCACACAUCGAUCUCAUGUGACAAAUCGGAUUUCCUAUUGAAAAUCGCUUUCAACGAAACGUUCAAUGGUUUGAUCUACACUGAACAGGGAAGUCCCAAUUGUGUCUAUGUGAACGCUUCAAUACAACCGAACUCGAAUUAUCAAGUGAAGAUCCCGCUGGCCGGCUGUGAGACACGACGAAACUCGGAUGGGAAUCUUGAGAACGAAAUUGUUAUACAGAAUGGAGACUCAUUUCGAGCGGGAGCUGAUCGAAAAUUCUUGCUCACUUGUAUCCCAGCAGCUCCACGAUUCAGAGACAGUUUGGUGACGGUUUCAUUUGGCGGUGUCACGAUCGAUCAAGCAACAACAGCGUCAAGUUUAUCCGGCUCGCAAAAAUUAGCUUACUCAGUGACCGUAAUCGAUGCCACAAAACCCGGUCGAUCACCGCUUAAACGACCGCUUGCUGUUGGCGAUAAAGUGAUUUAUUCGGUUUUCGUUUCUCAUCCGACAAAUGCGAGAAUCGGUCGAUGCUGGGCGACCGACGGCUCGUCGAAUCUUGAACUCUCGGAUCGCGAUGGGUGCUCGUUGCAAAGAAGUGGCGAUGUUUGGAAUGAUUUUAGAAUAACGGAAAACGAUACCGGGAUCACUUACGAGAAUUCAAUCAAGGCUUGGGCUUUCCCAACGAGUAAUGAAGUGAACAUCUUCUGCAAUCUGCACGUUUGUGCGAGCUGUAAGCAGACGCAGUGUGCAACGAGACGUCGACGAGGACUGACUGCAGAUAAUUCGAUCGAGAACCCGCUGCAACCACUCGAAUAUCGGUUGAUCGGUGAUCAGGUGAUGGACGACGAUCUCGCUCCUCCAAUUCCUUUAUUGGGAACUCUUCGAUUGAGACGAGGAUCUUCAACAAUCCCAGAAGCCGAUCCACGUCGAGAGGCCGAUCCACGUCCAGAAGCGGCUGCUCAAAAAUCGGUUUCCUCUCGAAAUUUUCUAAUUCUUUCGCUUUUCUCGAUAUUUUUAUUGAAUCAA